CUCAACAACCUAAGGGCUGAAAAUAUGAAUGAACACUUUUGUGAAAAACUCCAAGGAGGAUUUCCCUAACAUUUAUCAAAUAGUGACAUGGGCUUUAUUUUAUCCAUGUGAGAGGGCCUUGGGUUGAAUGUUUCAACACCGCCCUGAAGUAUUGGUCAGAUUCACACACACACAUCUCUGGAGUGGGACUUGACAUGAAGAUCUUCAGAUUGAGUGCACAAGCCCCCCCCCCACACACACCAAGCCAAGACAAGACAAGGACACGAACAGGCCACAAACACAUGCGUUUAUAGUCCAAACUAUUCAGAAGCUGCACUGAUCAUUACGAUUCUCUUGCUUUUCUUUCAGGUGUGCCUGCUGGAAGCAGUUGCAUCCUUUGGUACGGCAUCGCUGGUUGUCAUCUACCUUCCCCAAUAUGACAUCCUCACAAUGGUGUUCAUUUCCAACAGUAUUUGUCUCAUCCCAUCCAUACUACAAGUGAUCUCUCUAAACAUCAGCCAUCGCUUCAAAGUUGCAGCCCCUCUGGCCGGGCUUCUCCUUCUCUUGGGCGGCUAUGGUAUCUUUCUCUUUGUCCAGAUUUCCUUUCUGAAGAGACACGAUGGGAUGUCCUUGGGUCUUGUCAUUUUGUUCUCAGUUUUAACUUCCCUAACCUGGUGGGAGAACUUCAUCUCCAACUGGAAGCAUCCAGUAUUUAGACGUCUGAGAUCUGACGUGGAUAAAUGCAGGAACGUGAUGAGCCUGUGCAUAAGUGUAGUGAGAACUCUUGUUACUGCCUGUGUUGUGGGAGCUUUGAUUCCUCUUCGGGGGCUAGAGUGGGCGACUAUCACUGACGUUGCAUCCCAUGAACUCAGAAUAAUCCUGGGCCUUCUGGGGGUGCAGGCCGGGGCAUCGGUCUUGUGUUCCUGGUUUGGGGGCGUUGCAUGUAAGAUCCACGCAGUGAAGCGAAGCUUUGGUCUCCCUUUGAUCCUCAAUACUCCCGUGGUGCUGGCUGCUUUCCUGGCAGUGUUUAGUGUUCAUUACAAUGAGUUUCUGCAGACAAACAACGGUUUGAAUCUCUCAGAUUUCUGUGCCAGUUCCAUUGGUGUUGCAGAUAAUACACCUCGUGUGGAGGUCCUGUAUUCAGAAAUCAUUCGCAGCAUCUGCAACCAGGGAGAUAUAGUCAAUGUGCUCAGUGUGAGUUUAGUGGGAGCUGCUGGGGCAUGUUGGUGGGUUGGACUCAUCCUCACAACAAUCUACGUGUGGACCCAGAACGUCAACAGAAUACAGCGGACGUCAGAGACCUUUGUUCGGAGAAUGUACGAAGCUGCCUUCUUGGAACAAUCCAUGCUGCUGAACACAAGGCUUCACAUCAUUCCACAGUGCACAGAGAAGAGCGAUCCAAGGUACUGAUACUGUGGUGUGAUGGCUAGUUAAUUGGUCCCAUCACCAUUCUAUUCCUAUUUCUGUUCCUACUUAAAUUGUUUUACUCUUGAUCGAAUUUUAAAUUAUAUCCCCUUCUGCAAUUCUCCCGCUCAUUAACACUAUCCUGCAUGCACUGCGGACAAUUUUACAGUUAUGCCAAGCCAAUUAACCUACAAACCUGUAUGUCUUUGAAGUAUGGGGGCACCCAUAGUCGGGAUUGAACCCAGGUCUCUGGCGCUGUAAGCACUGCAAGACAGCAAAUCUACCGCUGGGCCACAGUGUCGCCCCUUUUGUGGUUGUGAUUUCCAUGUUCUUGACAUUUCCUGAAGGGGAAUUUCACAUCAGUUCUUCUUUGAAAUAAUAUUCAGAGAACUUUAAAACCAGACCAACCAUGCUACAUUUUCAUCUUUAGUGUGGUUGUGUUAGCCUGCCUGAUAUUUUCUAGUACUACCAUUGUACAAGUACAACCUGUCCACAUCUGGUUCACUCAAAUAAUAAUUGAAGUCAAAAUUCUGCCUGUUGCUAUUAAUUUAUUUUUAUUCUGCAGGAAAAUGAGACGAGAAAAUCUGAUGAUUUAUAUAUGUGCUACGUUGUGGCAUGAAACUGCUGGGGAAAUGCUCCGUUUAAUAUCUUCACUGUUCAGGCUGGACAGAUUCAGGGGACAGCGCUGGAAGACUUCGGAUAAAAGUGAUGACAGCUUUGACUUUGAAGUCCACGUCAUGUUUGACGAUGCCUUCAAGAAUGUUACAGACAGGGAGGCGGGCACCAAGAAGAGAGUGAUUAAUGAAUAUGUUGAGUCACUUAUCCGUGCUAUCGAUGAAACUUACAGGUAUGGAAACAAUGCUUCUCUUCUGCUUCUGAGCUUUGCUUCUGACAACCAAGACUUUGCAGAAAACCUGACUCUAGAAGCAUAUUGCACUAGGUUUAAUUUUCAUUUUUAAUUAUAGAGUUAAGGAGUCAGUGUUGGCUGCACAGAAACCGGAUUUUUGGCCCAACUCGUCAAUGCCGACCAAGAUAUGCCAUCUAAGCUCGUCUCAUUUCCCUGCACUAAGCCCAAGUCCCUCUAAACCUUUCCUACCCAUUUUCUUGCCCAAGUGCCUGUUAAAAUAUUUAUUGCAUUUGCCUCAACUCCAUUCUCUGGCAUAGAUGCACCACCUUCUGUGUAAAAUACUUGCCCCUCGACUUCCUAUUAAAUGUUUCCAUUAUUGCUCUUGACUCCCCUACGCUGGGAAAAAGACUGUGUGCGUUUAUUCCCCUCAUGAGUUUUGCACCCUAGGAUCACACUUCAGUCUCCUACACUAGAAUCCUAGCUUGCCCAACAUCUUCCCAUAGCACAGGGUCGUAAAUCCGGGCAAUAUUGUUGUACAUUUCUUUGCACACUUUCUAGCUUAACGGGAUUUCUAUAGCACGAUGAACAAAUCUGAACACAAUUCUCCAGAUGCAGCCUCAUCCACCUCUUGUACAACUGUAACAUCAUGUUACAACAUCUAUACUCAAUUCUCUGACAAACCUUCUGGAAUUUCUUGAGGAUAUAACUAGGAAAAUGGACAAGGGAGAGAGCCAGUGGAUGUAGAGAGCCUGGACUUUCAGAAAGCAUUUGAUAAGGUGACAUGGAUAGAAAAUUGGCUGGCAGACAGGAACUAAAGAGUAGGUGAUUAACAAGUCCCUUUCAGAAUGGCAGGUAGUUACUAGUGGGGUACUGCAAGGCUCGGUGCUGGGACCGCAGCUAUUUACAAUAUAUAUUAAUGAUUUAGAUGAAGGGAUUAAAAGUAACAUUAGCAAAUUUGCUGAUGACACAAAGCUGGGUGGCAGUAUAAACUGUGAGGAGGAUGCUAUGAGGAUGCAGAGUGACUUGGACAAGUUGGGUGAGUGGGCAGAUGCAUGGCAGAUGCAGGUUAAUGUGGAUAAAUGUGAGGUUAUCCAUUUUGGUGGCAAAACAGGAAGGCAGAUUAUUAUCUAAAUAGUGUCAAGUUGAGAAAAGGGGAAGUACAACGGGAUCUGGGGGUUCUUGUUCAUCAGUCACUGAAAGUAAGCGUGCAGGUACAGCAGGCAGUGAAGAAAGCAAAUGACAUGUUGGCCUUUAUAACAAGAGAAGUUGAGUAUAGGAGCAAAGAUGUCCUUUUGCAGUUGUACAGGGCCCUAGUGAGAACACACCUGGAGUAUUGUGUGCAGUUUUGGUCUCCAAAUUUGAGGAAGGACAUUCUUGCUAUUGUGGGAGUGCAGCGUAGAUUCACAAGGUUAAUUCCCGGGAUGGCGGGACAGUCAUAUUUUGAUAGAAUGGAGCGGUUGGGCUUUUAUAUUCUGGAAUUUAGAAGGAUGAGAAGGGAUCUUAUUGAAACAUGGAAGAUUAUUAAGGGUUUGGACAUGCUAGAGGCAGGAAACAUGUUCCCGAUGUUGGGGAAGUCCAGAAACAGAGUUUAAGAAUAAGGGGUAAGCCAUUUAGAACGGAGAUGAGGAAAUACCUUUUCACACAGAGAGUUGUGAGUCUGUGGAAAUCUCUGCCUCAGAGGGUGGUGGAGACUGGUUCUCUGAAUGCUUUCAAGACCACUACACCACGAGUUCAAAAGUAUCGAUUUUCUCCAUGCCGAUCAAUUUUUGCUCGCAGAAAGUUUUUCUGGGAUUUGUUCAUGUUCAUGUUCAUAGUUUAUUCAUGUGGGAUUUGCAAUUGACCAUCCCUAACUGAUUUGGAGACCCAAAUUCCACAUGUCUCCAAUAACUUAUAAACUUCUACAAAUGCACCAUUGGAAGGAUACUGUUGGGUUGCAUCUCAGUUUGGUUUGUGAACCGCUCUGCUCACGACCACAAGUAACUACAGGGAAUUGCGGAUGUAGCCCAGUCUAUCACACACAGACCAGUUCCCCAACCGUUGAUUCCAUCUAUACUUACCUUGGAAAAGUAUCCGGCAUAUAUCAAAGACUUAUCCCACAGUUCUCAUUCCUUCUUUUUCCUGCUCCAAUCAGACAGGAGAUAUAAAAGUGGGAAAGUGCGUAACACCAGACUCAGGAAUAGCUUCUCCAUCUCGGUUAUCAAGCUUCUGAACGGUCCUUCCUUUAGCUAGAUUACCGUUUGAUUCCUUUCUACUCCAUUGCCGAUAUUGAACUUCACCUCUGGAAUAUGUGUGCUACAAUGCUGAGAACAAUAUUUUGCAGUCUCUAUAGAGUCAUAGAGUCAUAGAGUGAUGCAGUGUGGAAACAGGCCCUUUGGCCCAACUUGCUCACACCGGCCAACAUGUCCCAGCUACAUUAGUCCCACCUGCCUGCUUUUGGUCCAUAUCCUUCCAAAAUGUCCUAUCCAUGUACCUAUCUAACUGCUUCUUAAAUGUUGGGAUAGUCCCAGCCUCAACUAUCUCAUCUGGCAGCUUGUUCCAUACACCCACCACCCUUUAUAACCAUAUAACCAUAUAACAAUUCCAGCACGGAAACAGCCAUCUAGAACCUACAAGUCCGUGCCGAACAAUUAUUUUCACCUAGUCCCAUCUACCUACACUCAGACCAUAACCCUCCAUUCCUUUCCCAUCCAUAUAACUAUCCAAUUUAUUCUUAAAUGGUGAAAUUGAACCUGCCUCCACCACUUCCACUGGAAGCUCAUUCCGCACAGCUACCACUCUCUGAGUAAAGAGGUCCCCCCUCAUGUUACCCUUAAUUCUGAAGUCAUGUCCUCUUGUUUGAAUCGCCCCUAAACUCAAUGGGAAAAGCUUGUCCACGUCAACUCUGUCUAUCCCUCUCAUCAUUUUAAAGACCUCUAUCAAGUCCCCCUUUUGUGUGAAAUAGUUACCCCUCAGAUUACUAUUAAAUCUUUUCCCCUUCACCUUAAACCUAUGUCCUCUGGUCCUCGAUUCACCUACUCUGGGCAAGAGACUCUGUGCUUCUACCCCAUCUAUUCCUCUAUUAUUCCCUUUGUAAUUCAGUUCAGCCUGAUUGUGUUUAUAUGUAGUAUUAUGUGCACGCAAUACAUAUCUUUUUACUGUACCUUGGUACACGUGACAAUAAAAAAAAAAAAUGUAAAGACCAUGAUGUCCUUGUGAUUAUUAACAUCGCUGUGUUUUAG